AGAUUGAAAAGAGAAGGUAAAGGAAAACUAAUAAAGGGACAACAAGAAAACAAGGAAUUGUCUACAAGGGGUCGAAGAGGAGACAGAACAUCAACUGCUCCCUUGUGUACACCAGAGCAAAAACAAGACUCGGAUGAUGACUUCCCAGCACGGAGAACCAGAUCUCGCUCAAGUUCUUGCAACUCUGUCAAUUCAGAGAGGUCUGCUUCGAGUGCUAACACCCCUGUGAGCAGAGGAAGAGGCCGAGGCAGAGGAACAAGUAGAACCAGUCAGCAACCCAAUGUAACCAUUACCAGAAAGGACAAUAAGCAGAGGACUGUGGCCGAAGAAGUAUUUACCCGAAGACGAACAACAGCACAGGACAGUAAUUCAGCUUCUCCUUCAGAACACCUCUUGAGGUCUACCGCUCUGAAAUCGGAGAUUUCAAGGCGUAGUACGAAUUCUCAGAACAGAGGAAAAGGAUACAGCCAGAGAGGAAGAGGGAGGAAAACGGAGGCUCUGCCAGACGCUGUCACUCCUGUCAGUAGCGACAAAAACUCAGCUCCCACAGCUACACUCAGAGGCAGGAGGAGUAAAAAGUCAGAGGGCUCCUCAUUAACACUCCUCCUUCAUGAAGAUAAUGAAGAGGCCAACUCAAAGAUGUGUAGUACCACAAGGGGGCAGAAAAGAGCUAAUACAAAUGGAUCUGAGUCCACAGCUGCAAAUGAGGAAGACCAACCAAAUCAAGAGGGAGAGUCUUCCAGCGAGGCCUUACUAAUGCUUAGAACGAAUAACAGAGGCAGAAAAGUGGUCAAACGCAAUAGUUUGGCCACACAGUCGUUAGUUACUACAGCCAGUCAGGAGGAUGAGGCAAAAGAGUCAAGAAGAGGAAGAAAGAGGGAUUUGGUGGAGGAGGCAGGGACUUUAGUUAGUACUCCAAAAAAAUCAAGAGGAAAUGUAAAAGCUCAAAAGGGUAAAAUGGUAUUAGAGGACAGUGAUGAAAAAGAAGAGAUCCCUGUUUCUGUCCAAGCCAAGAGAAGAGGACGACCAGCUGGGAAGAGUGCAAAUGAAUCCUCACAGAAAGUAGAGGUUAAAGAAGAGAGUGAUAAGAUGGAGGAGGACACGGUUGUGAGGAGAGCAAGAGGUAGGCUGUCAAUGCUGCACAAGAAGAAGAAACAGGAACCAGAAGACAGUAGUUCCAUGGAGCAGGAUACAAAUCUUGAGGCAUCAGAGCAGUCCCAGACUCCAAGCAGCAGUGUAUCCCGUAAGCGACGUGAGUCUGUGGACUCUUCUCCUUUGGCAAAAAUCCCAUGUUCCUCUCCUGCCAGUCGAUUGCGAGCUGCCAGCCCAGUCUGCAGAUUCUGUGUGCUGUUCACAGGUGUGGUGGAUGAUGCAUGGGAAAGAGUGGUGGUUCAUUUAGGAGGCAUCAUAGCUAAAGAUGUUGCAGAUAUGAGCUUCCUGGUGACUGAUAAGAUCCGCAGGACUGUAAAGUUCCUGUGCGCUGUGGCCAAAGGAGUCCCUAUUGUUACUCCUCAGUGGCUGGAAAAGAGUGGUAAAGCUGAGAGCUUCCUGUCUCCUAAUGCUUUUAUUGUAAAGGAUCUGGAGCAAGAAAAGAAAUUUAAUUUCUGCCUGAAGGAAUCUCUGAGGAUUGCCAGCAGACAGCCUCUCUUACAGGGGUAUGAGAUCCAUGUUACAAAGUCGGUGAAGCCAGAGCCAGUUCAUAUGAAAGACAUCAUCUCCUGCAGUGGAGCUACUUUUCUUCCCAAGAUGCCCUCUUCUCACAAGCCCCAAUCAGUAGUGAUUUCCUGUGAGGAAGACUGGGCGCUGUGUGCUCCGGCUGUCUCUGCAUCUCUCCCAGUCGUCACUGCUGAGUUCAUUCUCACAGGGAUCCUCCAACAGAAAGUGGACUUUCAAACCCACACCCUCUCUGCGCCUCCAUCUAACCCACAACCUGCUGGAGGCAGAGGAAGAGCUCGGAAGAAGCCAUAGUACCAAAAAGUGUACGCUGAAUACACACAGUAAGUGUGUGUGAGAUUAAAAUGUUCAUGAAUCCACCGCCCAUAGAUUUGUUUUCAAAUCAGAGACCGGUAGCAACACUAGUGACUCAGUUGUACAUUGUGACACUGUGUGCUCAUCUUUAUGGAAGGCUACAGAAUGUAUUUGCCAUAUGCAGCUGCAGAUAACAUGUCGCAUGUUUUAAAUUCACUUUCCACACAGUGAACCUCACGGCAUGUGUGGCAUUUUAAUUUGUUAGCUGUCAGUUGUUAAAUUCACCACUUUUAUAUAUGCAGCAGUGCUGUUUUACAGAGGCACUGAUGAUUUUGGAUAAUCACUGGGAUAUUCUCUCAUAGAUGGUAGAAUAUCUCUGACCUGUUCUUAAGCCUUACAAAUGUAACAAAGAUAGAUGCUUAAACCUGCGAUGUUGUUGCUAUGCUGCAAGCAGAAUAAUUACCCAUUAACUGUCAGUGUCACUUUCCUUCUUUUCCUGUCCUCUGUUCCACUACAGAGGAAAAACCAAAGCAGCAAUUAACGCCAUUUAAUUGCUGCUACUCUAAAUGUGGUAAGGCAUUCUGGCAAGUGACCAAAUGUAGGAGGCGAGUUGUAUAAAGUAUGUUGGAGUGGUAUGAAAGUGCCCAGUGGAUUAAAAAAAGAAGCUUGUUUCCUGUCUUGAUAAAAAAUUGCAUAGUGCCUUUUUAAACUGAGGUAAUCAUGAACCUAUCUUGUGUGUGUGUGUGUGUGUGUGUGUGUGUGUGUGUGUUGUCCUUUCAUCUCCAUUAAACACCACCUACUCCAUUAAGGCUUCAUCCAAUCCUAUUAUGUGGAAGCGAUGUGGGCACCUGAAUGCUGAUGCUUCUUCCACAUCAGUAUCUGAUGGUGUUUGUCCUUGCCAUAGGAGUGCAAAUUAUAUCUGAUAGGACAACAUUAUGUGGACAAUCACUACUGCAUGUGGUUAAGAAACACUCCUACUGAGAACUUGCCUUUCCUCAUGUACUAUACCAUCUGUUGCUCCUCGAAUAGACAUCAUUUGCUGUGUAUUAUUUGUGUUUUAAGGGUAAACUAGAAAGGCCAACUGUCCAGUGUCUUAACCAGAUCUGUAUGUUCCGUCUGGAAGCAUGCACCGGUGCUGCACAUUGCUGUAUCCACCUCACUAUGCAACAGCUCUGGGUCCUGAUUAGUUACCUCCAGUCCAUCAGCACCUUCUGAAAGUACUCAUCUGUCUGCACCACCCAGGUCAUAUGUGGAAGUUCUUUUGGCCCUUUCCAGUUGUUGGGAUCCUCAAUACUGAGGCACCUAUGUGUUGGUUUGUACUCAGAGAAACACCACCUGGCGUUAAUACUGUUGUUGACGUCAUCUGUACAGUCCAUAAAAUGUCUCUGUUACCAAUAAAAUUUAAAUGUUUCUGUUGGCUUUA